AUGCAAAGGCAAGUGGCACUCAUUAAGCAGUCCCUCUUUGAUCAGGGAUACCUCGAUGAACAAUUCAUGGAAUUGGAAGAGCUCCAAGAUGAUGCAAACCCUAAUUUUGUUGAAGAAGUUGCAACAUUAUACUUCAAAGACUCAGCUCGAUUAAUCAAUAACAUUGACCAAGCUCUGGAAAGAGGAUCAUUUGAUUUCAAUCGACUAGAUAGUUACAUGCAUCAGUUUAAGGGUAGCAGCACAAGCAUCGGUGCGAGUAAGGUGAAAACUGAAUGCACUAUGUUUAGGGAAUACUGCAGGGCUGGAAACGCUGAAGGAUGCUUGAGGACUUUCAAGCAACUGAAGAAAGAGCACGCAACCUUGAGAAAGAAGCUUGAACAAUAUUUCCAGGCAAGCAAAAGAUAA